GCUUCUCUCAUUUGUCGAAACCUUAUCCCUCCUUUUAAACCUCACCCGCUCCACUCGCUUCCAUCCUGCUCUCAUGGCAGCUCUGCCACCGCCAUGACCUCCCUCUUCGCCUCGCGCCCUCUCCCCGCUCACUACUAUCACCACAUCCUCUUUCCCUCAUCCGCCUCACCUCCUAGCGGUUCCCCUCGGCGCCUCGUCUCCCCACUCUCAUGCCGCGCCCGCGACCUGCUCGACUCGAUGCUUCAGAGAGACGGCACCCCCGGCGCCGGCGCGAGCGCCUGGCCCGCAAGAACAGAGGAUGGCGGAGCGGGCUCAGACGGCGUGUCGCGUGGCGCAAACGGAGCAACGGCGCGGGGAGAUGUGAGACGGGAGGCGGGCGCGCCGUUGCGACAAGGAGGGAGUCGUGCGCGGAGGCCAUGGAGGAGAGGAGACAGGGUUGUGAUCCAAGAACUUGCAGACAGGGAUUCCCAAGAGAAGGAAUGGAAGGGAGGCCCGAAGCGGACCGGGGAGCAAGAAGGGCGCAGGAAGGGUAAACGUUGGACCAGAGGUGGAACUGGAAUGCGGGCGAAGGAAUCAGGAAAGGCUGGAAAUUCGGCAAGAGGUGAGGGUAGAAGAAGAAGAAAUGCUAGCAAGAAGGGGAUGAGAGCGAAGGGUGGCGAGCACGGAGGCAAGCUGAGAGUUGAGCUGGACAUGUGCUCCAAGAGAGGAGAUGUCAUGGGAGCGAUCGCGCUGUAUGACUCCGCGGUCGAGGAGGGGAUCAGAUUGGGGCACCACCACUAUAAUGUGAUACUGUAUCUGUGUUCUUCUGCUGCCCUCGGCUUUGUCCAACCGGCAAAGAGCGGCAAUUCCGGUAGCAGCAUAGCUAGUAUUGGUCCUGCACACAAACUUGAUUCGUCACCCAAUGGAAGUUUGGGAGAUUCAGAGGAAGAUGAUGUAUCUGAAGGUCAUAUUCAAGAUCAGGGGGUCAACAAGGCCUAUUUGUUACAUUCGGAUAAGAAUAACUCUUCAGAUAAUUUGAACGUGCAAACAGUUAGGAUACCGAUAGGGGAUGAACUGAGAGAGUAUGCUCGUACACGAGGGUUUGAGAUAUUCGAGAGGAUGUGCUCGGAUAAAGAGAGAGUUCAAAUGAGUGAGGCUGCUCUUACUGCAAAGGCACGUAUGGCAAUGUCCAUGGGCAACGGUGACAUGGCCUUUGAGAUUGUGAAACAAAUGAAAGACCUAGGUAUAACACCAAAGUUGCGCUCAUAUGGUCCUGCUUUAACAGCAUUUUGCAACAGCGGUAAUGUUGAAAAAGCGUUUGAAGUGGAAGCGCAUAUGUUGGAAUCUGGGGUCAAACCCAAAGAACCUGAGUUGGAGACACUUCUCAGGGCUAGUGUGGCUGCCCGACGAGGAGACAAGGUGUACUAUUUGCUGCAUAAAUUUAGGACUUCUGUCAGACAGGUAUCUCCAUUCGCAGCAGAAUUAUUUGAGUCUUGGUUUCAGAGCCCAACAGCACCCAAAGUCGGGAAGAGAAAGUGGGAUGCAGGUUCUGUAGCCAAGGUUAUUGAAAAUAAUGGAGGGGGUUGGCACGGGUUGGGUUGGUUAGGGAGGGGGAAAUGGACCACAGCACGUUCAAACAUUGACAAGAAUGGUGUCUGCCUUGCUUGUGGAGAGAAGCUGGCUAUAAUAGAUCUUGAUCCAAAAGAAACAGAAGAUUUUGCCACACUGGUAGCAAAAUUAGCUAUCAAGAGAGAGAGGAACUUGAACUUCCAGAACUUCCAGAAAUGGCUGGAAAUGCACGGCCCUUUUGAAGCAGUUGUAGAUGCUGCCAAUGUUGGCCUUUUUAGCCACAGACAUAUUUCCUUGAGUAAGGUUAAUGCUGUUGCUGAUGCUAUGCGUCAAAGGUUUCCGUCAAGAAAGUGGCCUUUGAUAGUUCUGCAUAAUAAGCAUCUAACUGGAGAGCAUAUGAAAAAACCUGGUAAUCAAAAGUUAGUUGAAAAAUGGAAGCAAGCAAAUUGUAUUUAUGCAACCCCUACUGGCUCAAAUGAUGAUUGGUACUGGCUAUAUGCUGCUAUCAAAUGCAAAUGCUUGAUCAUUACCAAUGAUGAAAUGAGAGACCACACAUUUCAGAUCUUGGAAGAAGAUUUCUUCCCCAAAUGGAAGGAAAGGCAUCAGGUACACUUCACAUAUGAAGAUAGCUGUGUUACGUUUCAAAUGCCUCCUCCUUGCUCAGUUGUAAUUCAGGAAUCUGACAAAGGUCAUUGGCAUAUCCCUGUCUUGGAGGAAGGUUUGCUAGAGAGGGAACGAACCUGGUUAUGUGUGAUACGGUGCAAUUCACAGGCACAAUAAUAUAGUGAGGUAGGAGUUGAUCCAGAACUUUGGUGUGAAUAAAACACUACACAGAUUGACAACCUUGUAAAACAGAACCAAAGGUCGACCAUUCUUUUCUUCAUUUUCAGGAUUUCUGCUAACAAGGCAGCAUUUCCCGCUCUACCAUUUUCCAUUGGCUCAGUUGAUGAGAGGCUCCACUACAGGAUCAGGAAAUGACCACAACUUGUUGAGAUAUUGUUACAUACCGUCAUUAUUGCUUCCAUUGGUGAAGUUCGCAUAAUUCUGACACUUAUGAAAAAAGAACAGGCUUUACUGCCUAACAUUCAGUUAUUAUGCGACUGUAUCCCCUUUGUUUUCUUUUCUUUUCUUCAUUUGCAGGAUUAUGUUCAGUGAAAACUGAUAAGUUCUGAUCACAUGACUGAUAAGUUCUGGAGAUUGCAAAAUGGAAUACAUGUCCGUGGUGUCAUCCGCAAGGGAUCGCCCUGUAAAUUCUCGUUACUCCCUCCAAUCCAAAAUAUAAGUUGUUUUAGGAUUUGAGCCAGUCAAACUUUCUUAGCUUUGACCACCAAUGUAUAAACAAUUUCAUAGGUUGACAACGUAAGAUUAAUGUGACUAGAUCCAUCACAUGAUAUACUUUUAUGAUAUGUACUCCUAUUUGUUUGAAACAUCAUAUUAUCAUAGAAAUUACUAAUCAAAGCGUCAUCUUGGAGACCGUGUUAAUAUCCUAAACAACUUAUAUUAUGGUUGAGAGGGAGUAUUUAGAUAUCAAGCAUUUUUUAGUUGUUUCUGCAAUGUGAAAUAAUGUAUUCACAAUAUAAUAAGGAAGCGAUGAGUCAUGUGAAAAUUGAAAUAAGCAGUGUUACAAAUCAAUGCUUGCACCACCUCCUACCAAAGAUUAUUGGUAUUUCUUUUCUGAAUAACAGGACCACAAUAACUGCUAUACCAGAGGUGAAGAACACAAACAGGAAGCAAGCACAGAUCAACAACCAAUGGGCAAGCAGGAACACAAGAAAAA